AUGUUGAAUGAUCACGAGGAGGAAACUUCACGAUUUCCUGAACUAUUAAGAGGCGAUUUUGAUGAGAUCCAAUUGAGAGAAAUACCGCCGACUCCAAUAGAAUCAAGUUUCGAUGUCGAAAGGAUACCGAGGACGAGAGCAAAUUCAGCUGUUUCAGAUGUUUCAGAGGUCUCAGCAGUAUCGGCGGCUGAGUCAGAACAUCUAAUGAAGGUAGAUUUACCAUCGCGAAGCGUUUCUAAAACUCGUGCACGGAGUCAAUCAAAUGAAUCAAGAUACUCAAUCUUCCCUGUUGAUGUACCAAGACGCAAGUCAACUGCAUCUAUUAAGACAACGAGAACAUCUAGAGCAAGAGCAGCUUCUGAGGCCGCUUCAGAAUGGUCGACUACCCUUGAUGUACCGGUGCGCUCUGAGACCCGGGCAUCAAGAGUCGAAAGAGUUUCUGGAGCUUCACGGGCCUCGAGUUCUAGCUCGAACUCAAGGUCGAGAUCGCGUUCAAGGUCACCCUCUAGAUCGCCCUCCAGGUCGAGGGGAAACUCCAAUGCAGAUUCUGUUAACACGAUUAGUCUUGAAGUACCCGCGAGAUCUGCCACCAUUUCUUCAAGACCUAGGGGAAUUUCUAAUUCGGAAUCUAUGAUUUCCACACGGUCAUCAAUAAGCCAAGAUUGGGGAGAUCAUAGAAGUCUUUUAACGACCCAGCAUCCACCACCUGCUGUUCCUCAAAAUGACCUGAUGGCCCAAUUCGAAAACUUUGUAGAUGCUAUUGAUGAAGUGCCCACGAGAAGGAUAACGCUGAAGCGAGUUGUAGCACCCGCAAAGAAGACGGUCAAAUGGAUGCAAUUGAAAAAACUUCUUCGAAAUCCUCUGCGAAAAGAGUCGAACAUAUUCGAUGAGAAGACCAAGAAUUCUGAUGGAGCUAGAGUUCAAAAAUGGAAAAGUCGAUGUUCCAUUGCGGCAAUAUUCAUGGGUGCUGUGCUUGCCGCAUACGUAGUUUUUAUCAUCUGGGCAUCGCAAAGAACUGAUAGCACGAAAAUUGGGACGAUAUUGACAGGAAACUGCUCGACGGUCAACGCAACAAACCUUGGAUUGCACGUGCUAAUUAAUGCAAUGGGCACGAUUGUUUCCAUUGCAAGUGCUUGUGCGCUCUAUUUUCUGAGUUCUCCCACGCGAAACGAAAUAGAUGAAGCUCAUGCAAAAGGAAAUAGCUUUAAUAUUGGAGUACUGAGUUUACGAAACUUGAAAAGUUUCAAGAAGAAGAUCUUAUUUGGGCUACUGAUAGUCACUUCUUUGCCUAUUCAUUUUCUUGCAAAUUCCGCCGUAUUCGAAUCCAACUUGGAAGUGAACUAUGAUGUGGUAGUAGUAAGUCCGGAAUUUCUAGCCCAGUCCUCGGUAGACUGUUUGCAGGAUGUCGCAGCAACUUGUACGGAGAUCGAUGGCCACCCCAGAUCAUGUGAAACUCAUCCCCUCAACUUCACUACUUCUCAGAAAUCAUCAGACCUUUGCAAUACCUCCACGAUCCUACAUGAACGCGCAAACCAAAAUAAGCUUCAGCGCCUCAACACAACGGAAUGUCUUACGGCUUACUCAACCGCCUCGAAUCCAGCUUCGAAUUUUGGAAACCUAUUGGUUGUAACGCAAAAGCAACCCCUAUUUACCAACAACACCAUCCUCCUUGCAUUUCAUCACAUAUCUUAUUCAUCUGUUCUCAGUGGCCAUGGAUGGACCUGUGGACCCGACGACCCGUUACCCGGACAGAAUACAUGUGAUAUCCCCAAUCUCAUCCUCAAUGCCGACAUUUGGACACUGGGACCUUCAAUGCUUCCAACCACCACUAAAUCCACAUCACUUGCAUCUUAUGAAAGAUGGAAUAUCGAUCAUUGCCUUGUCGAAAGCUUGCCAGUCCAGCCUAUGUGCAAGUUACAGUACAGUCGCUCAAUAAUACUAUGUAUCAUCAUCGCAUUAGCAGUGAAAUUCAUCUGCAUUCUAUUCAUAGCUAUUACCAUGACCAAGCCAGUACUCUCGACAGUCAAAGAUGCUGUCACUUCAUUCCAAGACCGAACGGAUAUGGUGACAUCAAAUAGAAAUUUCAUUCAUCGCAAUUCGGCAUGGAAAUCCAAAGACGGUCUAUUGAUUCUAGAACCGGAGGUGGAAGGAAGGCCUAGGAACCUGCGAUGGUUCCAUGGAGCGAGCUUGCCAUUGUGGGCCGCUACUCUGUUCUUAGGCGCCGUACUCCUAGCUGUCCCUCUUGUUCUUCUCACCACCGCCACUGUCCCUAUCCCUCACCCAUAUUCCAUCGGUCUCGGACGCUACUCACCUCUCGCAAUCUUAAACAUCUUUUCCUGGUCUAGUAAAUCUUUCGUUCCCCUACCCGAGAUAACAAAAACCCAACUCUUCCCAACUGUUCUCCUCGCCAAUCUUCCUCAAUUGGCAAUUUCUAUUUUACUUUUCCUUUUCGCACAAGUAUACACUCGUAUGCUAUCUGCAAAUACAUUUUCGUGUCUCACAAAUCCUUCUCCGAGCUUGAAGUCCCGGAAAAUCAUGGGAUUUUCAUGUGCAUAUCUAUAUAUCUCCGCGCAAGUGGUUUUAGGAACGGUUCUUCAUUUCCUUGCGUCUCAGGCGUUAUUCGUACACCAUGUUGAAAUCGUGGGGAGUGACGAAUUGAAAGAGCCGUUGGAGUAUUUAGAUUUAGGUUACAGUCCUUUGGGUAUUUUGAUAUCUUUGGUGUUUGGUGGCGUGAUGCUUGGGACUCUGAUGGCAAGUGGCCUAUGGAGGUUGAGCGGUGGGCAAUUGGUUGGAAGUGGAAGUAUGGAAAUCGCAGCUGCUUGUAAAAAGUAA